AUGAAUCAUGUGACAAGUGAGCGCGGUGGGAAAUCUAUGAAAGCCCAAAGGAGCCACAUAUUCAUACUCCCCGAAGAAAUUUGCCGUCAGCUUAUGGAAUGGCGAGAAACACUUCAAUUCGCGACAGGAAGUCUUGCGAGAAUGGAUCACACGCACAGAGCGAGCCACAGUUUGACAUACGCUCAGUCACACACAGACACGUCAGCAGGUGGACUCAGUAUCUAUCUAUCUAUAUAUCUAUCUAUCUAUCUAUCUAUUAUUAAAUGUGGAUCAGAAAAUAAUGGAAUGGUAAAUAUCUAUCUAUCUAUCUAUCUAUCUAUCUAUCUAUCUAUCUAUCUAUCUAUCUAUCUAUCUCAUGUUGGUUUGAAGGCCCAAGGACAAACGCUGUCUGUCAUUGGUGUACACUUAGAGAAGCAGUGCUACUCAGACGGCCAACUUUACGUAGCUUGCUCUCGAGUCGGCAGGCGCGAGUAUGUGUUCCUUUAUUCACCCUCGCAAAAAGCUGAAAAUGUCGUCUACACUGAAGUCCUCAGCCAGCUGAGAACAGUUCACGCCUGCUUAUUUCUUCAUGCCCCUCAGGCAGGUCAUUCCCCCUCGCAAAUACCAGAUUUCCUGCUUUAUCCGUAUAAAGCCGAAGACCCAAAUGCUGCUCCUCCUCCUUCUAAUGAUUCCGGUUUCUUUGCUGUUAAGCCAAAGUUGUUAAGAUCAUUUACACGGUGGUCUGCCGAUGGUACAGCUGUUUCAUCCACCAGUAUAUCGUCAAUAUACGAAUCCGUGUUUUUUCUGAUGUAUUCCUCUUUUUUAGCACACACAUCCGCUGAACUCCACGUUACCGUUUUCGUAGACGGUAACCCCUCCAAGCUGACGGAUAACAUCCAUGACCACAAUGAAGUCAACACCGUCGAUGACCUUUUCCAUAAGAAUUGCCUCGAUUCUCAGUAA